AGAGAGAGAGAGAGGGUGUCCCGUCUACACGGAGCACAGACAGACAGCAGGGAACAGCUGCAUCGUGAGGCUCGCGUUAUAGCAUUUCACUGCACUGCGAUUGAAUCCUAUCAAUAUUUUCAUCCACUAAAAAAAGAAAAUACAUUUAAAAAAAAAAAAUUUUUUUAGUAGAAUCAGCUCGGGAGAGGUGAAGAAAAAACCACCACCACCCCCCACCCCUCCCCAAAAAAACCUCCUCCUCAUCCAAAAAUCAUGGUAGACCGCGAGCAGCUGGUGCAGAAAGCCAGGCUGGCUGAGCAGGCGGAGAGGUACGACGACAUGGCGGCAGCUAUGAAGUCGGUAACGGAGCUGAACGAGGCUCUGUCCAACGAGGAGAGGAACCUCCUGUCUGUGGCGUACAAGAAUGUGGUGGGUGCCCGCCGCUCCUCCUGGAGGGUGAUCUCCAGCAUCGAGCAGAAGACCUCGACCGACGGCAACGAGAAGAAGAUUGAGAUGGUCAGGGCCUACAGGGAGAAGAUUGAGAAGGAGCUGGAGGCCGUGUGCCAGGAUGUGCUCAACCUCCUGGACAACUUCCUGAUCAAGAACUGCAGCGAGACGCAGCACGAGAGCAAGGUCUUCUACCUGAAGAUGAAGGGCGACUACUACCGGUACCUGGCCGAGGUGGCCACGGGCGAGAAGAGAACCACGGUGGUGGAGUCGUCGGAGAAGGCCUACAACGAGGCCCAUGAAAUCAGCAAGGAGCACAUGCAGCCCACGCACCCCAUCCGCCUGGGCCUGGCUCUCAACUACUCUGUGUUUUACUACGAGAUCCAGAACGCGCCGGAGCAGGCCUGUCACCUGGCCAAGACCGCCUUCGAUGACGCCAUCGCUGAGCUGGACACCCUGAACGAGGACUCCUACAAAGACUCCACUCUCAUCAUGCAGCUGCUUCGAGACAACUUAACACUGUGGACAAGUGACCAGCAGGAUGACGAGGGCGGGGAGGGCAACAAUUAAAAGAGAAACCCACGCCUCGCCCAAAAGAAAAUAUGAGAAGGGGCCGGUGGACUUUUGGCAGCCGCUUUUGCCGAUGAUACUACCGCAAGCAGCAGUUCUUUAUUUUUCCAUGUGUUAAAAGAAAAGAAUCAAAAGAGAGGAGAGAGUGGAGGUUAAAUCUUAGUUUAAAUACAUAUAUAUAGAAAUAUAUAUACGGUUGAAAGGGGGGCCUCCGUCUUCUUGAUUUUCUCUUUGACAUUUGCCAAAAAAAACCACUGAAGUGUCAGUCAAUCGAGCCUGAAAGUGGUUGUUGUUGGAUUGGAAUGGCAGGCGGCCUCGCAUUGGCAUAGGAACUGGUCUUGUUCUGUCAAGAUAAGCUGCUUAGGUAGGGUUUUUUUGCGUGAUAGGAGAUGCAUUUGAAGUCGCUCGAAAGAGACAGAGAGAGAGAGAAAAGGCUUGAAUGGGAAUGUCUCACCAAACUAGUUUGCAUUGGUUCCAGCCGUAGACGGUAGACAGUACGAGAAAGAUGACGGAUGUUUCCAUCCUUAAACCCCAAAAAUGACAACCAAAAAAAAACUAAAAUUAAAAAAAUUAAAGGGUACAUUUCGUUUGUGUCUAAAGUGAAUUUGGCUUUCUCACAGAUUAGUCUUGUUUUGUCACUGGAACCAUAGAUUCUUUUGGAGGUGAUGAUUAUUAACGGGCAGGGAGAGAGAGAGACUUACAAAACGAUAUAUAAGAUAUAUAAAACAAAAAUGACGACGACAAAAAAAAAAAAAGAAAAUACAAAUAAAAGCAGCAGCUUCUGAGUUUGUGGUUUACUUCUGUGUUUGUUUAUUCAAUGCACUUGCCUACUAUACUGUUUCUUCAGUGUAAGUUGAUGAUGAUGAUGAUGACAACAAUAAUAAUAUCGACGAUUCAAUAUUGUGCAUGCCUGGUGAUGUAUUUAUAUACAAGUAGCUUGACUUUAUUAUUAACUUAUACUGUGGGUGUUAAUACGUAUUCAUAUGAUUGAGAAAAAAACAUUUCUAAUUUAUUUUCGUUUUGUUAUUAUAUGGGGGUUUCUUCUUCUUUUUUUUCUCUUUUGUUUUGGAUUUGCUAUACCAAAAUGGUGAUGAUCGUAAACAUUGAGCUGUAAAAUGGGCGCUGCUAUAGUGACAUGCAAAUAAAUAUGUGUAUUUAAUUUGUUAAUGAAAGAAGAAGAAAAAAAAGUAAAGGGAAAUAAAUAAAAGCCCACCAGUGCUCACUUCAUCUUACAGCUGGUGUUUGUCACAAUGACGUAUGAUGAUGAUGAUGCUAUAUUUUCCUGACAUUUUCCCGGGCUGUUAUGAUUCACAGACAUGGACCAUAGUUUUUUUGUUUUUAUACCUUUUAGCUGUUCCUGAGUUACAAAGAAAAAAAAAUAUAUAUAUCUUGAAUGUGAGUCAUUAUGUAGCAGUUGCACAAGAAACCGAAUUAAUAGCUAUGAUAAUAAUAAUAAAAAAGAAUAUGACUAAAUUAUUCAUGCGCCAUUUUACGUGGUGGUGGUCUAGUGUAUUGUUGUAUCGUCAUCCAUAAUUGUCAAUUUAUUUGGUUUUCUUAAUUCACAGUUUGUGCUUUAUUUUUUGUGUGCCAGUAUUUUUUAAGUUAAGUGACAAACUGUAGAUAUAUAUGAAUAUUAAAAUAUUAAACACUAAAACACAAUGGGGGGAGGGGGUUCACUAGAAAUUGAUUAUUAUUGAGGAGGAGAACCCGGGAAAAGCUGCUUCAGCUGCACAGGAGGGAUUUAUCUCCACAACGCUGCUACGUUUAAGAGUAUCAUGACUAUAACAUAAAUAUAUUCAUGCCGUUUAUUUUUUUUUUAAAAAGAUAACAGAAAGAUUUAAGGUCACACACACACACACACACACACACACAUGCCAAUGAUGUCGCCAUCAUGACUCAGCGUCUGUGAGCUCAUAUCUCACAAGUCACGGCUUUGCUUUGAUUUAUUCUAACGUAGCCUUUUCAAGGCAACAACUGCAUGAAAGCGUAAAAAACAAAACACGCCAAACUGCGCAAACACAAAGCGAAUAAAUGUCAAUGUUUUAAGUGACGUUUUAAAGUGUUUGAAAAAAAAUUAAUGUUUCUCUCGUUUGCUUUCUUUCUUUUUUUUUAAUUAUUUGUUUGUUUUUAAUUGCAAAAAUCAGGAGACUUUCACUCAUUGUAUUUGUUUUAAUUAUUAUUAUUGUUAUUAUUAUCAUUAUUAUUAUUAUUUUGUGCUCUGUGGUUUGUGUUUUAUUAUUUUUCAUUAUUUAAUUUCUAGUAAAAGCACUGAGGAUUAGAUUAGAUCAGAUCCGGGAAGAGGUGACCUGCUGGAAACUUUAGCGUACAACAUGUAUAUGAUGGUUUGAGGAGGGUUUUUUCUUUCUUGCUAAUUAAAGGUUAUUUGUUGAUA